GUCGUAGUUGCGUCGUGACCUGCUGGCUGCCGGAAAGCCGACCACGUCCCACCAGUUUGGUUCCUCGUUGUUGUUCCUGAUCCUAAAGACCUUUUCGGUUUCAGGACUUGAGUUCGCGUCGACGGAGUCAUGAGGGCAGUGUGGGUGGUGCUGUUGGGGUUGUCGGCAGUCGUCGUCGGCCUCUCGACGACCGACCUCGUGACGCCGGCUGACCGGCUUAGACUCAAAACCGCCUUGUUGGGCGCUCUCGACUCGAAUGACAUCACCGCCGUGCAUUACUCCGUCCUCGGACUUGGUCUGCUCAAUGAAAAGCCCCAGAAAACCGACGUGAUUUGCAAACUGGCUUUGAGCUCUGCGACAGCAACUGGGGCCAACUCUGCGCCCGUCCUUUAUCACGUUGUUGAUACUUGGAAGGUCAUCGGCAACUGCCCCGGAUCACUGCCCACUAAUAUUGCUAAGGACUUGAGCGCUGCCCUUGAGAGUGAGGAUUCGAGCAUUCCAAACUUGUACUUUGCCUACCAAGGACUAAUCAGUCUUGGUCAGAAGCCCAAGGACAUCAGCAAGCUGGCAAAGAACUUGCAGACGGCCAUCAAAAAGGACGACAGUCUGCUCAACCUUGGUUACUUAUUUCACUUAGCCGCACUUAUGGGUCCUGCUGGCAAGUUUGCCUUUGAUCGUAUUGAGGACGCCAUUGUUCAAGCUGACGAGGUUGAUGGCAAAGUGCUGCAGUUUGAGGGUGGAAUCAGCAUCACAGCUCUACUGGUUAGCGGCGCAUACAAAUUGGCUGCAGCCAAUGAAAAGAAGCCUCCCAUCUCUGGAGACCAAGCAACCAAGUUCGCUAACUUCUUCGUGAGCCGAAAGUCAGUGCAAUCACCCAAGGGUGUCUUCAGCCUGCUCGAGGUUCUCCACACCAUGACCAGCAACAAGUUCCAUCAACCAGUUGUUGUGACCCUGGCAAGCGCUGCUGCCCUCACAGCCGCUACUCCUCAGGUGUCUGUUAGGGUUAGUGACUUGCUUGGUCGCUCGCUCGGACCCUUGACCGUGACCCUAGACACGGCAACUCGUCAAAAUGACGGUGUUGUUGAAAUGGCUAAAGUCGCCUUGGCUGCCCAGCAAGGAGAUAGCACUCUAUACACAUUGGACCUUUCAAGCGCAAAGGGGAAGCGUGGCUUCUACAACUUGAUUUUCAGCGUGAAGCCCAACAAGCCUGAUGAGCGCCUCGUCGGACUUACUGGAGCCCAGGUGCAGGUCAAGAUGCUCGGUGAGGUUUUGGUUGAAGUGGCUGAACUUGGAACUGCUGAUGCUGACCAGACAACAGCACCUAAAAUGAACAAAGUCUCUUACCCUUCUAAAGCGAACUUUGUCCUUGAGGCUGACUGGCACCAACGUCUCUUGAUGAAAUUUGCCCUGAAGGACAAGACAACCAAAGAGCCCAUCACUGUGCACCAAGCUUUUGUCAAGCUGAUCAAUGUGGCAACUAACAACGAGGUCAUUUUUGUUGCCGAGCCUGAUGCUGGAAAGUCUUACCGAUUUGACUUGGACAUUGGAGCACGCGCGUCUGACUUUGAGCAGCAAUCGGGCAAGUACCGUCUGGAGUUGCUGGUCGGAGAUGCUGUCCUUGGCAACUCCUUCUCUUGGCAGGUUGGAGAAGUGGCGCUGACUUUCACUAGUGGUGGCUCUGCACCACCUCUGGUCGACAUUCAACAAAUCUACAAACCUAAGCCAGAAAUCAAGCAUCUCUUCCGAGAACCAGAGAAGAGGCCCCCAGCCACCGUUUCGACCCUGUUCACUGGUCUCGUUUGUGUUCCUUUUGCCAUUUUGUUGAUUCUGUGGGCCAGAAUUGGAGUCAACAUUUCAAACUUCCCUUUUUCGUUGUAUGCAAUUGGGUUCCAUCUCGGUCUCGGAGGAAUUUUUGGUCUCUUCGGCAUCUUCUUUUUGAAAUUGAACAUGUUCACAACACUCAAAUACUUGUUGGGUAUCGGUGCAGUCACCUUCCUUUGCGGCAACAAAAUGCUAUCCAAGUUUGCGCAAAACCGACGCCAACGCUGAGUCUAGUUCAGGAUGAGAAAAUCUACGAAAAUUAUGAGUGUGCGCGUGUGAGAAUUUUUGUUAAUUUUUGUGUACUGUGGGGCGUUGCAGAUUUUUGUAAAGACAUUCCGCUAUUAAAAAAGUUAAACUUGAAAA